CAUAAUGCAUAGCGGCCGGCACAACAACAUUUCGCCAUUUCGGAGGCAGCAGCUUUGCGGCGGAUCGAGUAGGUCAGCCGAGGCGGAGUUGUCACUUUUCCUCCCCGGGGAACGAGCCUCCUUGGUCCCUCCGCUGCUUUACAAACGGGCGGCCCGGUCACGGUGCUCCCAUGCGCGUUCCCUGGCCGGUGCGAAAGAGCUUUUCCAGCGCGGGCCCGGGCUGAAGCGUCAACCUGCCAGGUGUCGGAUUUUCCUGCUAACGUAAACAACAAGGAUGAAGCGGAUAAAAGGAGCUGAGGAGGGCAGCAACGGCUCCCCUAGCAAGAGCCCACCAGAGGCGCACAAGAAGGUUCGGAAGCAGUUGAGCGAGGAUCCAGAGGCCGAGGAUCCAGAGGCCGAGGCCGGCAGCGACUGGGUGCGGCUUCCUCAGGAGCUCCUGCUCCACAUCUUCCAGUACCUUCCACUGCUGGACCGGGCAUUUGCCUCUCAGGUGUGUCGGCAGUGGAACCAGGUGUUCCAUAUGCCUGAGCUGUGGAGAUGCUUCGAGUUCGAGCUCAACCAGCCGGCUAGCUCUUACCUGAAAGCCACACAUCCAGACCUCAUCAAGCAGAUCAUCAAGAGGCACUCCAACCACCUGCAGUACGUCAGCUUCAAGGUGGACAGUAGUACAGAGUCUGCAGAGGCUGCAUGUGACAUUCUAUCACAGUUGGUGAAUUGCUCACUGAAGACCUUGGGGCUUAUCUCAACAGCCAGACCAAGUUUCAUGGAGGUUCCAAAGUCUCACUUCAUCUCAGCUCUGACUGUGGUGUUCGUCAACUCCAAGUCGCUGUCCUCGCUGAAGAUUGACGACACGCCAGUCGAUGAUCCGUCUCUGAAGGUGCUGGUGGCCAAUAACAGUGACACCCUGAAACUGCUGAAGAUGAGCAGCUGCCCCCACGUCUCUCCCGCAGGAAUCCUAUGUGUGGCAGACCAGUGUCACGGGCUGAGAGAGCUCGCACUGAACUACCACCUCCUGAGUGACGAACUCCUGCUUGCCCUCUCUUCGGAGAAACACGUCCACCUGGAACACUUGCGUCUUGACGUGGUGAGCGAGAACCCUGGCCAGCACUUCCACACCAUCAAAAAGAGCAGCUGGGACGCCAUGGUGCGGCACUCGCCCAAAUUCAACCUGGUCAUGUACUUCUUUCUCUACGAAGACGAGUUUGGUCCUUUCUUCAACGAGGAAACCCCUGUCACGCACCUCUACUUCGGCCGCUCGGUCAGCAAGGAUGUCUUGGGCCGUGUGGGCCUCCACUGCCCCCGUCUGGUGGAGCUGGUGGUGUGCGCCAACGGCCUGCGCCCUCUGGACGAGGAGCUGAUCCGCAUCGCGAAGCACUGCACCCAGCUGUCAGCCAUCGGCCUGGGGGAGUGCGAAGUCUCCUGCAGUGCUUUUGUGGAGGUUGUGAAAAUGUGCGGCCGGAGGCUGGCCCAGCUCUCCAUCAUGGAGGAGGUGCUGAUUCCCGAUCACAAAUACUCCCUGGAUGAGAUUCACUGGGAGGUUUCAAAGCACCUUGGCCGGGUCUGGUUCCCAGACAUGAUGCCGACAUGGUAAAGUAAAUCCACAGAGCAGUUCAGUACGUGAAGCGUGUGGUGUAGAACACAGCCUCCAUGUUUGCAUUGAAAAGCCUUUUAAAUGCUCAGCUGUAGUGGAAUGUUUGGUGCCAUCCUGGAGAGCAUAGACUUGCUGAACCCCUGUGUUGUGUAGAGUGUAGCAGCCGCCUGCUACACAAUGUCAUGUAGUGCAAACAACACAGAAAUCUCAAGUGGCAGAAAACAGACUGUGGAUCCUGCUUUGUCUAACACAGAGACAGCACUCGAUAAGCCGGCUUCCUCUUAUGUUCUUCAGACCAGUGCAGGGGGACAUUUUUGAAAAAGUAAUUUUUAUAACUUAAAACUGACUUAUCUGGAAGUAGUAGCCUGGUUAUGAUAAUCUAUAUUCUGAGAGGUGUGCUUUAAUGUCUUUAAUGUCGUGGAGUAAUUUGGGACGAUAAGGAACAUAAUUCCAUGGUGUUACACUACCACUCGGCCUGCUUAACUCCAGUCUGCGACAGCAACUCUGCACUCUGUAAAACAACACGCCAUUGAAGUAUCUCCAAAUGGCCUUAUUUAUUUAAAGUUAUUGCAGAUAUAUUUUUUCAGCAUUUUACAUCAAUUGGCUUGAAAACUAGAUUUUUAUUUAUUUCCUAAGCACCUUACGUGAACACCAAAUAAUCACUGGGACAAACCAAGUCCUUCUGCUUGAUAUGAAAAGCAAUGAAACGAUUGUUGUUAUCAAUUUGCCUUAGUUGGACCCAUAUUUCAAUGCUGAUUAUGGAGGCUGUACUGGGCUUUUGACAUCAAGAACAAUAUAUUGAAGUGAUAAAUCUCUAAUUACUGAUUGAAAAAGCAGAGAAUUGAUUCUUUGUAAAUACAAACCCUGCACAUACGCGUCUGAAUCGUUGUGGUUAUUCAACAGAUAGACGAGUCUCUGCAGCUAAUUGCUCACAGUGCACGCCGAGACAAUCAAUUUGUCUUUCAGGUGUAUUCAAUUAAUAUAUUUCCUAUGUAGGUUUCAUUUGUAUCUUCUGCUAUUUGCCUGUUCAAGCUCUGAACCUGUUGUGAAUACCUGUCCUCCUUGUUAGCCCACACAUUGCUCUGUAUCAUGUUAUCACAUUGUACGUGCAGGAAAGCAAGCAGUGUAUUCACCCUUCUCAUUACAGACACCGUCUCUCCAGGUUUCCUUCAUGCUCCCAUUACCCAAUAUCCUCCAAACCAUUUCAGCCGAAAGAGAUUUGACAAGUCAGAUGAGUGAAACAAAUGUUAAUUUCCUUUAAGAAGGAAGUCAAAUGCAUCUGUAUAUAAAACGCUGUGUGUUUGAUUAUUAUUACGAAUAGAAAUGUACCCUCUGUCGGGGUUUGACAUUUCCUUAAUGGCUUGUCUUUUAUAAGAGUGCAAGUUGUCCUUUGCUAGAUGGAUCAUUUUCAUACUUUUGUCACUAGAGAAGUCAAGCUGUGGAUAAUUUAUUGAUGAGGAUAGUACUUUUCUAAUUCAUUUCUUGUUUGAGUUAUAGAAAAAGAAAGCACUCAUUUUAACCAGCAAGCAGACCAGCAGCGGGAAUUGGUUCUAUUGGUUCCACUUCCGUCUUUGUGGCUCUGUUGCAGGCAGGUGGUUGAAAAGUUCUGACUUCACUACAAAACAAUUUUUUAAUAUAAUUUAUCAAUAUAUGGAGAUUAAAACAAAGAUGUAGCACACUCCAUUCAGGGAAUUUGACCCUGCAGUCUUUAUGCAGAGAAAGGCCAAAAUUGUAAAAAUUUGUAUGAAAGAGAGUUUGUAUUGCAGCAGAAAAGCACUAGAUAUCCAACCUCAUGGUUCCUGGAAAACAUGUAAAACAUAGUGGACGUUGCAGUAUGCCAUUAGGAUUUAUGUAAAAACCCAGAUUUUGGUUUUUACAACUUCUGCCAGAUUUCAUUCGUUUGUAUUCAUCAUUCUCAUGUAGACACUAAAUGUAGCUAACCUGUAACACAAACUACAAACUGAGACAAUUAAAUUGCAGGAUAUCUAACAGUUUAUUAUUGUAUGGGUGUCUGGUCAUUGAAGUAGACACCUGUGCUGAUUGUCUAUGCUCAUGUACUUUAGCAUCUUAACGGUACAGUAACAUAUCGCCGGAUUGUUUUUAUUAAUUUAUGCAGUGUAUUUAACAAUAAUGACAGCAUCUUCGAACUGGGGUUGUGUCUUAAUAUUGCUUCUCGAUUAGUUAUUUUCACCUCAGUUGUUCUGCGAUACUUUGGUAAGUUUUAUUUGGAAUAAACUGGUGUUGACAAUGCUGUCCUUUAGUGUUGCUUCUGUUUGACAAAUGUUUUGUCUUCUUUGCUUUACUGGUCACCUGGCUUGAAAUGACAAUUGUUUUGGAUAUGUGAUCUUAUACCGGUAAUAAAUUUUCUGAAUGUA